AGAAUACUAUUCAUGUACCGAUAGAUUGAUAAGAUAAGAUUUCUAUAUAAAGUGAACACUUUCAUAACAAUUUGUGUCAUCAACCAAAAUGUUUCAAGGAGCUAAAGAUGCUGAAGAAUUGCUGUCAGGCAACCUCAACUUCGGCAAGAACUUAUCGUCACUGAAUUGUUUGGGCCAGCCGAAAUGCGAAGUAGAUGGCAGCACCUUGACCAUCAGCACGGUCCAAUCAGGCUUGGUCAUAUUCUGGGAAACCCCAAACAAAUCCACACAGUUCCAGGACUGCUUCGACCUUUCGAAUGGGGUGCAUUGGUACGGAGGCCCGGAAAGGAGAGUGCAAAACUGGCCUCUGGAAAAGAUGACCAUCGAUGGCAGUGAGCCGUAUGUUGUGAGACGAGACGACAAUUUUGGUAUUCCAAACCGUAAAAUGAUAGAGGAACCAAUCUGGACUACUUGGGCCAAAUACAAAAGGGAUAUAACAGACGAUAUAAUCCUAGAAUUUGCUCAGGAAGUCAGAAACCACGGCUACAAUGGACAAAUAGAAAUUGAUGAUAAUUGGGAGACGUGCUAUGGCGCUCAAGAAUUCAGUCAAGAAACAUUCUCAGACGUCGCUAAUACAGUGAAGAAACUGAAAGAAAUGGGUUUCCGUGUUACUCUUUGGGUCCAUCCAUUCGUCAACAGCGAUUGUCAGAAUAAUUCUGAUGAAGGUGUAGAAAAUGGUUAUUUUGUUGUGGACAGCAACAACAAAACGAACGGAAGCUGGUGGAACAGCAACGAUGCUCAUCAAAUCGACUUCACAAAUCCCCAAGCAGCAGAAUGGUGGUCAGCUCGAUUGAGAAAAUUGCAGGCCAAUCCUUCUGUGUAUAGAUCUGUGCCACAAGAGGCGGUACCGAACAUUCUUACAUCUAGCUACAUCAGGACUUGCGCCAAAUUUGGCGAUCUCAUCGAGGUCCGGUCAGCUUGGAGUGUUUUGCCUGACAUGAUUGGAGGAAACGGUUACAACAUGGAGACACCAUCUCCUGAACUCAUGGUUCGUUGGACUCAAGCCAAUACGUUCAUGCCUGCUAUGCAAUUCAGUUAUUUGCCAUGGGAAAUCACCAGCCCUGAUGUAAUGGAAGCGAGUAAAUUGAAUGGAUCUCCUGUGAAUCCACCGAUCUGGUGGAUCGAUCCCACUGAUGCUGAAGCGCUAGCCUGUGAUGAUGACAUGAAGUCAUGCAAAAACCUUGUACUGAUAAUACUGGGCUUUUACCUCCAAGUAUCAGCACAACUUCCCUCGUGCGAGUUUAUAAGCGGCAGUUCGACCUAUAAUUGCGAGAAUAUCAGAGAAACAUUUCCCAAAAUAUAUUAUGGAAACUACAACCUCCAAUGCAAAGACUGCGAAAUCAAAAUAUUUUCUCAAAGUACGUUCCCUCAUGAAAACAGUCUGUUAUCCAUGAACCUAUCAAACAGUGGAAUACAAAUGAUAGCCUCAGAAGCUUUCAAGAAUCUGAGAAAUAUCCGAUAUUUAUACCUGAAUAACAAUAAAAUAACAAACAUUUCCGCCAACGCCUUCGAAGGCCUGAGACAAGUCGAUGACGUGGAAGUGGAACAUAACCUCAUAGUGGACUUGGUGCCAGGAUUUUUGAACGACAUACAACUGAACACCCUGUCUCUGGCCUUCAAUGAAAUUUCCGAGAUACCGGACAAUGCCUUCAAGGGAAGUUUGGCCCUACUCAACUUGAAUCUUCAACACAAUGGGAUCAAGAAAAUCCACUACGAUGCUUUUGCUGGUCUCGAUUCUCUGGAAGAUCUGGACUUGCAGCACAACCUAUUAUGUCAUCUGUCUGUGGGAGCCUUCAAAGAGCUGAGAGCUUUGAGAAUGUUGAACCUGGCCAACAAUAAGCUGACGAAAUUCAAUAUGGGGACGUUCUCAGGACUCAGGGAUUUGAGCUCAUUGAUUUUAGCGAAUAAUUUUAUACAGGUAGGUCGUUGA